AUGUCGAUCUAUGAAGAUGCCCAAAAGGGCCUUCUUGUUGGGUCAACUCUCGACGCUUACAUCGCGAAGAACCCAAACAUUCUGGAUGAACGAAGUCCUGACUCAGGUCUGACAGUGUUGUCAAUAGCAGCGAUUGAAGGAUUCCCAGAAGAAGUUGAACAGCUACUUAAGAAGGGUGCCAGAGCGGACGCCCUCACUAAAGAUGAUGAAACUCCCCUCCUUCUAGCCGCCUGGAAGGGUAAGAAGGAGCGUGCGCGGAUCAUCCAGCUGCUUCUUAAGAAGACACCCUUGAAUUCUAUUAACAGAACUUGCGAAAGAGCAAAUUUUAACACGCCAUUAAUGUUUGCAAUUGAGAAAAAAGACUACGAAUCAAUUAGGUUGCUGGUACAGGCUGGAGCUGCUGAAGAUAAAAACAUCAAGAACUCUGGUAGCUUCACAGUGAAACAGAUAGCCGACGCUGCAAAAGAUCGACUUGUUACUCGUUCCCUUUUACCAGACGAAAAGCUAAAGGCCGCAGUGCUCGCUGCUGAUGUCACUAGCUUCCUCCUGUACAUCGUUGCUUGGGCGAAUAAGGCCACCAACGGGUUGGUUACGGAAAUAUUUGGGUUGAAUCCCGAACUCAAUGAAUCAAUUGAUGAGCAAAUGACCCAAAACCAAGACUUGACCAAGGCGGAAUUUGUUGAAAGAGUCAACGAAUGGAUGGAAACUCACGGUCCGCUGAAGCGAUUCUUCCAAGGAAAUGAUGAGUUUGUGCAAGACAUGGCCGAGAAACUUGUGAACCUGGAGCAUGAUCCUGCCAACAAGUUGCGCAGCCAGAAUCUGUCAGAAACAAUCAAGUUAUCUUUGCACAAGCUAGUUAUCUAUUGUGAUGACAGCACCUCAAUGAAACGUGACGGCCGCUGGGAGAGCCAAAAGGAAUUGGUCCAGCGUAUCGCCAAGAUCACCACUAUGGUCCUCCCGCUAGAUGAAGGGGUUACUCUACGAUUUAUUAACCGAAACGUUGAAAACUCUGAUAAUUUGACUCUUGAAAGGCUGGGAAAUGUCUUGAAAGAUAUGGACUGGCAACCCGGUGGCGAUACUCCGAUUGGUACAAAUUUGCGGUCCAAGAUUCUCCAGCCGCUAGUAUAUAGCAAGCUGGAUGCAGGGAACCUUGACAGGCCACUUAUUGUCAUUAUCAUGACUGACGGUAUGCCCGAACGCGAAGAUAAAACUGAGCUUGAAAGGGUUAUUCUCGAGUGUGAAAAGAAGAUACAGGACAGUGGUUACCCUCCCCAGACCGUAAAAUUCAUGAUUGGUCAGAUAGGGACUGCAAAGUCUGCUGCAAGAUUUCUGGCAUCUCUAAGGCAGAAUUCAGAUAUUGCUCGAACGACAUUAGUUACUUCAGAUAAACUUGAUGAUGCGUUCAAGGACUAUAAGGAAAACGACUCAAAGUUGGAUAAAUGGCUGGUCGAAACUUUGUUCUCUCCUUUCCGGAACCUAACAGGAAACAACUAA